AAACUGAAGGUGGACUAAUACACUAUGCUCAUCUCUUCAUAUCAAUGCAUGUGCAUCGCAAGUGAUUCAAGAAAAGACUUGAGAUAUAUACAUAUGUUUGUGAAGAAUAUGAAAUGAGGACCAAAUUUGAGAUGGCAGCUCUCUCCCCCAACCCUGCCAUGCAAGACCUCAAGCUCACAUUCCAGCUAUCCACCCUUGUCUUCCCCGCACAACAAACUGAUGACCACAAAACCUUGUUCUUGUCCAACAUAGACCAAUCCCUUAAUUUCAAUGUCCAAAUACUUUAUUUCUUCUCCCCCAACCCAGAUUUCCCCCCAGAUACUGUGGUCACUAGGCUCAAACUCGCUGUAGAAAAAGUGCUCGUCCCAUAUGAUUUCAUGGCUGGAAGACUCAAGUGGAACCACCACUCUGCCCGCCUCGACCUCCACUGCAACGCUGCCGGGGCUGGCUUCAUGGCGGCUUCUUCCACUUUCUCUCUUGAUGAGAUAGGUGACCUGGUUUGUCCCAAUCCGGGAUUCAGGCAGCUUGUUGUUCAAACCUUGAAUAAUUUGGAGGAUGAGGAUCAGCCGUUGUGUGUUUUCCAGGUAACAUCAUUUAAGUGCGGUGGUUUUGCAAUUGGAGUAUCUCUAAAUCACAUCUUGCUUGAUGGCUUAGCCGGAAGAAUGUUCCUAGAAAAUCUAGCAUCACAAGCGUUUGAGGACAAACCCCUGGCUAUCAUCCCCUGCCACAACCGCCGCCUCCUCGCCGCCAGAUCACCGCCGCUCAUCUCAUUCCCACACCCGGAGCUUCUCAAGCCCCAGUUCCCAGUUCUUGGUCGCCCAGUUUCCGGUUCCGAAAAAGAACUUGAUUUCAAAGUUUUCAAAAUAAGCUCAAGUGACGUCAAUUUUUUGAAGGCCAUGGUCGCCAAGCAGGCAGCAGCAGAUAAUGCAACCGCCGUAAAAAUCACCAGCUUUAACGUUAUGGCCGCCCUGAUAUGGCGGUGCAGAGCUUUGUCGUUGUGUGAUGUGGAGGGAAAUAAAGAUAGAGUUUUUACUAUGUGUUAUGCCGUGGAUUUGAGGUCAAGGCUGAAUCCGCCGUUGCCACCUGAAUACUGCGGCAAUGCAAUAUUACCAGCUUAUGCCUCAGCAAAGUGCAGAGAUAUCGAGAAAUGGCCGCUAUUAAAGCUGGUGGAAAUGAUAUCAGAAGGGAUUGAAAGACUGAGCGAUGAGUACGUGAAAUCCGCAAUAGACUGGUUGGAGAUCAACAAAGGGAUCCCAUAUGGAGAUUGCGUUUUGACUUCUUGGUUGAGAUUGGGACUCAAUGAGGUGGUGUUUCCGUGGGGCAAGUCCUUGUAUUGUUGCCAUGUGGUGAACAAUUUAGAGCGUCUGUGUUGGAUGUUUCCCUAUGUUGAUGGAGUUAACAUAUUAAUUCAACGACCUGCUGAGGAGAUGGAGAGAUUCCAAUUCCACCUUCUUAACUUGAUCGUUGCAUAGUACUUAGACUCAAUGAUGCAUAUACAUGUAUAGUGAUCAAUCAAUAUAUAGCUCCAGCUUAAUUAUUGGACUACUUUGGUCACAAGAAUGAAGUAUCUGUUCUUUUAAGUUUCCUCUUGUUGAAUGUUGUCAGUGUUUGUUUUUUUCUCUUGUCCAAUCCAUACUCUACCAACUCACUUAGCAAGAUAUUCAACUGUUGAUUUUUACAUCAGGGGAAUAAUUUAUGAGGUCUGUUGUAAUAAAGUUUCUAAGUUUCCCUAGUUGUAGGAGUAUAUGUGUUUUUUGGUUUUGUAUA